AUGAAGAAGACAGUGAACCUAACCACAACCGACGCACAGCCGAGUGGUUGUCCGAUUAGUUCCGAGUUCCGAGCGCAAAACUAGGCCACAACAGUAGCGGAAUGGAAAUAUUGUUAUCAAGCAUAUCGGCUGUGGAUUGCUGAGAGAGACGGAUAGGAUAGUUGAGAAGCUGUUCAAAUUCGCUGGUACUUCUAUCACCAUGAGUUGGCUACAAAAAGUUCUGGAAGAGCAUUCCACGAAGCGAUACUAUGUAGAAUAUCGUCGGUAUCUUUCCAACCACAUUUCUCAUGGCAUCGUAGCGCUGGAGAGACUCGGAGCAACAGAGGACCGAACAAGGCAGUGGAUCAAAUGGUAUGCCGAAGCGAAACUAGCAGAGAAACCCCGUGAGGAUGACCACGUCGAUGAUGACCCGAUUACUCCGGAAGAACUGGAUGACGUCACUGGAAAAAGGGGCCGGUUCUAUUCCAUUUUGAAUUACUAUGCAAAGAAACUGGAAGACUGCAAAGGAGAUGUUGACACCCUGGUGAGGAAUGAGUUCCCACAAUUGUCGAAUGGGCUUCAGGCCACCCUACUGCAUUCGAUGAUUCAGCUGGGAUACGGGUAUGAGGCAAAGCAGCCUCGCAUCAUCCUGGAGGGGGUGGCCUACCUAAGGCAUUCCUAUAUCCCUAUCGUCUUUGAUAAAAACGCACCAGCAAACGAUAUAAAUAAGUUUGGAAAGGGUAACACCGACAUAGUUGAUGUUCUGAAAGCUCUCAAGCGUGAUGAUGAACUUUUUGAGCACAUGGAAAAGAGGUCCAUUGAAUUAGAAGCUGGUUGGGUCUCGAGCAAACCGCAGUACCAGAUCCGGGCCUUAACCGAAAAAGGAGACAAGUUGAUUGGUUAUGCAAAUCAAAUCAAAGUACCAUCUGACCGGCUUUCCGACCCUGUGCGAGUUGCUGAUUGGUUACUCGACCAAAUCAUCACAGUUUUUACCAUGGCCGAAGAUGAGCGCCGAAAUGAUUUUGUGUUGCUUCACGGUGUAACAUGUACCUGGAGUGUCCGACAGAUAGUUCCUCUUCUUGAUGUCACAGAUGCUCUGGAAGCGAUCCGGAGCAUGGUGUGUGUGCUCUUCUCAGCAUACAUCUGCACCGGCGGAGCUAACCUUACCAAUCCGGUUGAUACCAGUAUCAAAGUGGACGCAGCUGCUUGGGAGGAGCUGAUCAAGCGCGCCAUCGUACCUGAUGUUGAGCGAGAUGAACACGUAUACAAGCUCAUUCAAGUUUGUCAUGAACAGUGGAAGAAGAGAGGAAAUGAACAAAACUCCGCCCUCUAUUUCACUGCUUCCAAAAUUUGUCUUGAGAACCCGUUUCCUCCGUUUAAACCUUCAAAACCUAGGCUUUAACGGAGAUGCCCGGGAAGGGGUGUAGGCCUACCGAACUCUGGUGUGGCACAGUAUUACCAUCAAGCUCGAUAUACCGGUUCAAAGAUCAUGACGUUGAUAAUUAUAUUUUGGUAGAAUUUAAAGCACCUUAGUACACCUCAGUUGUUAUAUAUUAUGGUUGUAAUAGUUUGUGAAAUUUUUGAGUGAAGAUUCCCCGAUUUAUUAUUUGGCAUACUCGAGGUUUUGGUUUUCCCAACUCUGAUGACAGUGGGGGACAAAAGUAUUGUGUUGCAAAAACUUUACAGAAAAAGUGCCAUACAGGUGUGAAUAUUGUAUGUCAUUAUUAUGAAUUCAAACACAAGGCUUGAAAUAUGUUCUGAACCCGAGCGCCGACUCGAGAAUAUAUAUAGGUAUAUAUAUUUCCUCUACGUUCUUUCAGAUGAACCCAAAGGUGAGCACAUAGCCCCUGGCUAUUUCAUUUACCUAUGUAUUUGAGCUGAGUGCCAGACCCUUCAUGACUGGUAUUAGGACAGACCUGAAGCAUGUUGGCCACAAUUACUCAUUUUUAAAUGUUGUACACUUGCACAACUCUGCACACGCAUAGGGAUUCUCAUCUUAGGCCUGGCACCAGAAUUUUUAAUCAAGACAAUCUUAUCUCAUCAAAAUAGAUGUAAAACUAUUUAAAGUUAAAUCGGUCUAGUAUAAAAUCAUUACCGGUAUAUUGAUCCACGUGAGAGGUAAUGGGUUGUCGCAUGUGCGCAACCUUGGAGGGAGAGAUUGAUAUGUACUCAGGGAGUCAUUCUCGGGAACCUCAGAGCCUAGGACCCGCGCGGGGCCUAGGAACUCUGGGGUAAGUAACUUGCGGACCUAAAACCUCACCAAUAUAAUUGGCAUUCUAUGGGUAAGAAAUACUGAAAUACCUCCUGCCGUGGAUGAUGUCUUUUAAAUUAGGCCUUUGAAUUAUUGUUAAUCCUAUAUGUAUACUGCCUUCGUAUAUCUUUGAUUGUUGUCUGUAAUCUACCCUCGGUUAUAUAAAUAAAAGUUGAUAUUUGCGUUAAAAUAAUUAUUGGUCGUUGUUGUGAGAGUGAUUUUUCCGAUUAUACACUUGCGUAUAUUUCGUCGUUCGCAGUGACAAUGAAAAUUAUUCAUCUUAUAAUUUUGUAACAAUGAACCCUGGUACCGGUACAAUUUUAGCUUCUGUUGGUAUUUACGGAUGCUGUCAGCUGUUUUCUAGAAAUUAUAGGGCCAAUCACUGUACCACUUUGCCUUGCAAUAGUUUACAUGUACGAGUAUUAUAACUUAUAAUUCAA